UUAUACUAAAUACUGUAGUAGUCUGAACUGUUUGUCUUCGUGAUACCGUUGAACACAGUGAAAGAUUCCCGUGGGUUAGUGCAGGCAAAAAACAAAUUGCAAUACUCAACAUUAACUUUAAUAAUUAAACAAACGGUUUUCAAUGUCUUGAAUAGUGCUCAUUUGAAUUGUAUAUGAUAUAAAUGCAUCCUGGUUUUAUCUAUGUGUUAAGUAUUGCAUUCAGGUGCCAUGAAGAGUAUUUGUUUUAUUGUGGUCUUACUUAUAGGAAUGCACAUUAGCUACGGACAACUGGCUAAUAUUUGUCGAACGCCCAAUGAACUGAACGGCGAAUGCAUCUCGCUCAUGCAAUGUGACCCUCUAUUCAGCUUACUGAAAAAGAGGCCAAUCAGCUCAGCUACGGCUGAUCUGCUUAGGAGGUCUCAAUGUGGUUUCUUUGGAAGUAUUCCUAAAGUUUGCUGCCCUGUUGAAGAGCCCACAUUAACCACAUCAACCACUCCAGCUUCUAAUUUCAAUGUACUUUCAGGUGAAGCAAUUGUGUCAAAUCUGCUGCCAGACACGGACAUCUGCGGAACUGGAGCUCAAAAUAGAAUUUAUGGAGGAGAAAAAGCAGAUCUAGACGAAUUCCCUUGGAUGGUGUUGGUGGAAUACGAAAGACCUAAUGGACAGAUAGAAACUUAUUGUGGAGGAGUAUUGAUCAAUAGCCGAUAUAUUCUAACUGCCGCUCAUUGCCUCAAAGGAAAGGAUUUGCCAAAGAGCUGGAAAAUGGUUAGUGUCCGUCUAGGAGAAUACAAUACGGACACUAAAGAAGACUGCAUUGAAGCAGUAGGUGCAAGAAGACAGUGUGCUCCUCCAGCCGUAUAUGUGGCUGUGGAGGAAACAAUCGCCCAUGAAAAUUAUGACCCAUACCACAUAAACCAGUAUAACGACAUUGCUUUAUUGCGCUUAAUAAGAAAUGUGCAUUAUUCGGACUACGUUAGACCGAUUUGCCUCCCCAAGACAUCAACACUUUUAAGCAAAUCAUACGUAAAUAAGAACCUUGUGGUGGCUGGAUGGGGCAGAACUGAGAACUCUUCAGCAAGCAACAUCAAGCUGAAAUUGGAAGUUCCAGUUGAGAACGAAGAAAAGUGCUUUCAAACUUACAGGAAAGCCCAUAUUCGAUUAGGCGCUAGUCAACUGUGCGCUGGAGGUAAGAAAGGAAGGGAUUCUUGCACAGGUGAUAGUGGCGGACCGUUGAUGGGAGUUGAAGCUACAGCCGAAGGAAAUGUUAACUGGUACUCGGUUGGAGUGGUAUCGUUUGGACGGUCUCCUUGCGGGUUGAAAAAUUGGCCAGGAGUUUAUACAAAGGUGGCCAAUUAUGUGCCAUGGAUUGUUAGUAAUCUUAGACCAUAGAAAACUAUUACAAUGUUCAUAAACGCGUAUUCAUUGAUUAAA